UUAAAUUUUAAUAGAGUUGUGCACAUUGUAAAGUGUUGUUGCUCCGUCAAAAUGACUUUAUUGUUAUCAUUAAUUAGACAGACAACAAUAACAACUGCACCCUUACAUUUUGUUGUAUCAAAAUGUGGCUAUGCAGCUCCAGCAUCUGCAGUAUUUAGUGCAAAAGCUAAAAAAGCCAAAAAAGCAGCAGGAAGUACUAAAAUUGUAUUACCAGUUGAGACAGAUACUAAAAAAUUAGUUGAAUAUGUUUGUGGAAGUAAUAUAUUAAAAGAAGGUGAAGAUGUUAAAUUAAAGGAUGACAGUGAAUAUCCAGAUUGGCUUUGGAAUAUAUAUCUUGGUGAGCCAAAAAAACUUGAAGAACUUGAUCCAAAUACAAAAGCAUACUGGAGAAAAUUACGUGAAAAGAAUCUUAGAAGAAAUAAUCGUUUAAUUGCUGGAAAAAAAUUUUAAUUAUUGUAUUUAAUUAUAUCUUGUUAAGCUCAAUAAACUAAACAAGGAAAAAAAAAUGUAAAAAUACAAACAAAUGUGUAUAUAA